GCCCACUCCAGUCACAUGAUCAUCCUCACAGGUCCUUCAGCACAACCUACUCUAGCCUGCUAUAUUCCGCCCACAUACUACUGGUCACAUGAUUGUGACAUCACCACAGGUCCUACACCUCCGGCAUCUACUUGGUUACGAACAGGUUCUAGUCGGGCAGAAAGAAGAUUAUAUGAGGAGGAGGAUUGUUACAGUGUGUCACCCCAGUAGUAAGGAGAUUACAUGAGGAGGAGGCUCCUUUUAUUCAGGACUAUCCCCUCCAGCUGAUCCAGUUGUCUCCUCUUCCCCUGAAUGACCCCCAAGAAUGGACAAGGACAGGAAUGAGACGACUGAGAAAAUAUUACACUUCACCUUAGAGAUCCUCCACCUGCUGACCGGAGAGGAUUACACCAUAGUGAAGAAGACAUGGGGGGAGUGUGUGGCCCCCAGGAGCCAUCUCCAUGAGUCAGGAGAAAGGAGCAGGGCCCGGGGCCCCAUCAUGGAGCCUCCACCUCACUCACUGAUACAUGAGAAGAAGAUCCUAGAACUCACCCACAGGAUCACUGAGCUGCUGACUAGAGAGGUUCCUAUAAGGUGUCAGGAUGUGGCGGUCUAUUUCUCCAUGGAGGAGUGGGAGUAUGUAGAAGGACACAAGGAUCUGUACCAGGACAUAGUCAGGAUGGAGGAUCACCGGCCCCUCACAUCACAAGAAGAUGGAGAGAUCAUGGAGCGCUCCUCAGGACAAGAUGGAGAGAUCAUGGAGCGCUCCUCAGGAGAAGAUAGAGAGAUCAUGGAGCGCUCCUCAGGAGAAGAUGGAGAGAUCAUGGAGCGCUCCUCAGGAGAAGAUGGAGAGAUCAUGGAGCGCUCCUCAGGAGAAGACCUCCUUACCCCUAAUGUCCAUCCAGAUCUAUCCUAUAAUAAUUCUUCUGAUCUUGGGGAACCUUCUCCUCACCAAUCACACAUUGUUACCACAAGGACAGGUCAGAGAGGGGGAGAAAUGAUUCGAUGUGAUGAAUGUGGGAAAGAGUUUACAAGUAAAUCACAUCUUGUUAACCAUAAGAGAAUUCACACUGGGGAGAAGCCAUAUUCAUGUUCAGAAUGUGGGAAAUGUUUUAUACAGAAAUCAAAUCUUGUUUCACAUGAGAGAAGUCACAAAGGAGAGAAGCCAUUUCCAUGCUCAGAAUGUGGAAAAUAUUUUUCACGUAAAUCACAUCUUAAAAUACAUAUGAGAAGUCACACAGGAGAGAAGCCAUAUUCAUGUGCAGAAUGUGGGAAAUGUUUUAUACAGAAAUCUAAUCUUGUUUCACAUGAGAGAAGUCACACAGGAGAGAAGCUAUUUCCAUGUUCAGAAUGUGGGAAAUGUUUUAUAUAUAAAUCACAUCUUGUUGUACAUGUAAGAUAUCACACAGGAGAGAAGCCAUAUUCAUGCUCAGAAUGUGAGAAAUGUUUUGAAACAAAAUCAAGUCUUGUUAGACAUGAGAGAAGUCACACAGGAGAGAAGCCAUAUUCAUGUUCAGAAUGUGAGAAAUGUUUUGAAUCAAAAUCAAAUCUUGUUAAACAUGAGAGAAGUCACACUGGAGAAAAGCCAUAUUCAUGUUCAGAAUGUGGGAAAUGUUUCAGAGAGAGAUCACAGCUUGUUGUUCAUGAGAGAAGUCACACAGGAGAGAAGCCAUAUUCAUGUUCAGAGUGUGGGAAAUGUUUUAUUACUAAAGGUAAACUAACCUUCCAUCAGAGAAUUCACAGGGAUGAGAAGCUGUCUUGACAUUCUCUGUGUUUUAUAAGGAGUCCAGAGAGAAGGGCACCUUGUGUCUUAUUUUUCUUUCAUAUAUAUGUAUAUAAAAUGGACAUUCUUGGUGGAUUCAGUAAUACCAAAUAAAUGUAUAGCAUACUCAAGUUAUUUAACCUAAGGGGUUAAACCUCCUUAACGGGAUACUCCGCCCCUAGACAUCUUAGUUCUUAUCCAAAGGAUAGGGGAUAAGAUGUGUUAUCACGGGGGUCUCGCUGCUGGGGUUCCCUACUGCACUUAGCGUUCGUUUAGAGCGUCGGGUGCAGCGCUGGAGGCUCGUGACGUCACAGCCAAGCCCCCUCAAUGCAAGUCUAUGGGAGGGGGUGUGGCCAUGACUCUAAGCAUCGCCAGUCUACAGCCAGUCGCUCCGUGCACUGGAUGUCUGAGGUCCCACAGUUGAGAUUGUGGGGGUAAAUUACUUCUAUUAAAAAAAACGUAAUCCUUCCAGUACUUAGCUGCUGUAUGCUCCACAGGAAGUUGUGUAGUUCUUUCCAGUCUGACCACCGAACAACACAACUUCCUGCGGAGAAUACAGCAGCUGAUAAGUACUGGAAGGGUUAAGAUUUUUUAAUAGAAGUCAUUUACAAAUCUGUUUAACUUUCUUGCACCAGUUAAUAAAAAAUAAAAAUGUUUUCAGCUGAGUACCCCUUUAAAAGGAGGAAGUACAGGGGGGGCCAUUUCUAUGUAUACACCUUAAUAACAUGGGGAUGGUUGGUGAUAAUUUCCGGUUUGCGGCACAUUAGUAUAUGUGAAGGGGGGGGGGGAAGUUUUCAAGAUGGGUGGUGACCAUGGCGGCCAUUUUGAAUCCAACUUUUGUUUUUUCAAUAGGAAGAGGGUCAUGUGACAUCAAACUUAUUGGGAAUUUCACAAGAAAAACAAUGAUGUGUUUGGUUUUACUGUAACUUUAUUCUUUCCUGAGUUAUUUAUAAGUUUCUGACCACUUAUAAAAUGUGUUCAAUGUGCUGCCCAUUGUGUUGUAUUGUCAAUGCAACCCUCUUCUCUAUAUACUGCUAUAUACUACUAUAUACACCGCAGGAGAAAUGCUAGCACAGGC